UCACAACAUACGUAAACACAUGAAAGCGAGCACACGUGUGUGAGUCGCAUGGCUAAAUCAAGAUGCUGAGAAGACAAGCUAGGCUGCGGAGAGAGUUCAUCUACAAAAAGUCAGAGGAACAACGGGACAGAAGCAUACAGGAUAAAAAACAGCGAUUGAAGGCAGCACUAGAAAGUGGUGAUCCUAUACCAACUGACUUGAGGGCGGAUGCUGUAACCCUCCAGAAGACUUUGGCCUGGGAAGGACCAGGAGCAGAUGGAAAAACUAGCAGGGUAGAUGAUGAGUACAAAUGGGCUGGUGUGGAGGAUCCCAAAAUUGUUGUCACAACAUCAAGAGAUCCAAGUUCAAAACUCAAACAGUUUGCAAAGGAGAUCAAACUGAUAUUCCCUAACAGUCAGAGAAUCAACAGAGGUAAUUAUGAGACAAAACAGCUCAUGGAUGCCUGUCGUGCCAACCAAGUGACAGAUUUGCUCAUGGUGCAUGAACACAGAGGUGUUCCAGAUGGUCUGAUUGUGUGUCACCUACCUCACGGCCCCACAGCCUCCUUCACUCUGUCCAACGUUGUAAUGCGACACGACAUUCCAGACGUAGGCACCAUGUCAGAAGCAUAUCCACAUCUCAUUUUCCACGAUUUGUCUUCUAAACUAGGAAACAGGGUCAGAGAUAUUCUGAAAUAUUUAUUUCCUGUUCCAAAAGAAGAAAGUAAGCGAAUUAUCACAUUUGCAAAUGACGAUGACCACAUCUCAUUUAGACAUCAUAUAUACAAGAAAACAGAUGGAGGCAGGAACAUAGAACUUUCAGAAGUUGGGCCACGAUUUGAAAUGAAAUUGUACCAGAUUCAGCUAGGUACCCUUGACAACGCAGACACAGCCGAUGUAGAAUGGGUGUAUAGACCAUACAUGAACACAGCCAAGAAACGCAAGUUCCUCUCUAACUGAACAUAAAAACAUUAUCCUCGGAAAACAGCAUUGUUCUAGGGCUCUGAACAUCAGAUUUCCUCAAACACACUCAGUAACUGAGAUUUCUCCUGGAUUAUAUCAUCACCUUUGGAUUAUUGAUUAUGUGUAUCCAGUUGUCGGGGGACACAAUGAUGAAGAUUUCUCCUCCAGGAUAUCCUUAUCCUAGGACACAAUCAUGGACUGGGAAAUUGCCCUUGGAGUAUUCUAUAUGUUAGGACACUCGGAGUAUUCUAUAUGUUAGGACACUCAGAGUAUUCUAUAUGUUAGGACACUCGGAGUAUUCUAUAUGUUAGGACACUCAAUGAUGGAGAGACAGCUGUAUAUUGUCCUGGGUAACAUUGAAUUUCUCACAUUAUCUAGAGACCUCCUUAUUGAGUGGAACACUAUCCUACUUAUCCUGGAAUAUCAACAUUAUCCCAGGAGGUGGGUAAGGUAUAUAUAUAUAUGGGACACCCUAUUAUUACAGUAUCAGAGGACUUGUCUCCCUGAUAGUAUUUUACCACUGCAAUGGUAAACAUUUAGGAUCACAACAUGAUCAGAACAUCAAGUAACGUCUGUUUACAGAAUUGGCGAGAGUUAAGAUAAGCUAUCUCUGUUACAUUGUUCGGAAUGUCACAUGAUACGUGAAACACAGAUUGUUGAUGAAGGGAAGGAAAAUCCUAACAAUUUUACACAUGUACCAUAUCAAACAUAUAAAUGAGGAAGGCAUAACUGUGGCAUUGCAGAAAAAUACCUAUGCACUAAUGCCAGUAAUUCCACUAAGUAAAUAAAAACAUGAUUUCUAUUAACUUAUUUAUCUGCAAAUAUGCCCCCUUUCUUCCUUUUUGCAGAAUCAUCAGUUUUAAAACAAUUGAUAGAUCAAAGUGGUUCACAAAUACGCCCUCCCAAAAACUAACAAACUUUAACAGUAAAGUUUUAUACUAGGGGAGGGGGGCUUAUUUGAGGAUAAAUACAAUAAUGUCUGUGUAUGGAAGAUGGCUAAUGAAACAAAUAUCCCAUUAGGUUAUUGUUAUUUGAAAAUUUAUUUUACUUCAUCAUUACAAAAUCAAUCAUUGUGACAAUUAUGUAGAAAGCAUAUUAACAAAUUCUGAUAAACAUUACAAUAUUACAUGUUGUAUAUUGUUUAAAUGUUUUAACUUUUUAGCAUUUUAUACAAGACAAUUCAAAUAAAAAUGAUAUUAAAAACUUAGAGAUGAUUGUUGUGGUUUCUUAACUGCUUGGAAUGUAGAACUUUUAUAUUAUACUUUACAAUACAUCGAGAACCUAAUAUCAUCACCAGUAUAUCACCGUCAAUGGCCUAGAGAUAUUUAAUCAAUAUAUAAUGAGGUGCUGUGAUGCCUUUAGGUAACUGUUAAUAAGAAGAUAUUUAAGAAAAUCCGAAAACAUCUUGAUACUUGACAGUACAGGAAUAAGUAAAUCCAGUAUUAUUAGCUCGCCUCUCGAAGAGAGGAGGAGCUUAUGUUGUCACCCUUGCGUCGGUCUCUGCAUUAGUUUCCGAUUGUUUGUAUAAGUUUUUGGUGCAAGUGUUAAAAGGCAUCUCGGUUCUAAUAUUUGGUUUCAAGUUUACUGUAGGGGGUAACUUUUCUUUCUUGGAGUCAAAUAUGUUUUAUAAUAAUGACAAUUUCAAUGCUUUCUAUUACAAUACAAAAUCUAAUUUAAACUAUGUCUAUUGAAAUAUUGCAAUAUUUUUUGUUAAAAUUGAAUGCCGGUAUACAUUCAUCACAAUAUCAAUUCCAGCUGGUGAAUUCGCCUCCUAAUUCUCAUGUGAGGUAUAGAUACUCGAUGUAGAUUUCAGGUGGUGAACUCGCUCUGAUGCUCAAGCUUUGUACCAAUGAUCUCACUCCAUAUUAAAAUUUGUACGUCCUUGCACUUUAUAGUAACACCUUAAAACAUAUGUCAUCACAUCAAGAAGCUUGUGAUAAAUAUGCACUAGUGUAUGACUGAUCACCUUGUUAAAAUGAUAGAUUGACUCACAAGGACUUGAUACCAAUUCCUAACUCAUAAUCCAUAAUUGUAUCUAUGUAUAUCGACCAUGGGUUACCAGGGUUACGAAUUUGUGACAAAUCCUUGUGGAUUGACUCAAUGUUAAUCAGUUCUAGUAGCUAUGAAGCAUGUGCACCUUAGGACUAUAUACAUACUUGCUUACUACCGACUUAGCUAUGACUAGGAUAGGAAUGUUGACAUUUUUGUCAAGAGUACAAUGAUGUCACAUGAGAAGUGAUUUCUAUUGUGUACUGUCAUAUCAAUAUUACAUGCAUAAGAUAGACAACAGGUUAUUGGAGAAAUAAUUUUGGCAAACCAUAAGAGGCAAGAUUCUUAAGCUGCUUAAAACUCGAAUAAUGCCUCAUGUUUGUCAACGUAAGUAUCUUCCCCUCUGUCUUAUCUCGCAUUUACUACAUGUAAUUAGUAAGAGGCUGAUUCUUAACCAUAUGUUUAUACUCCCUAGGAGAGAAGUGUAUGUUGGGCCUACCUUUAUGGUCACACAGCAAAAAUCACUUCAAUAGAAGUGUGAUGCAAUCAAUUCUGAUUUAAUCUAUCUUGUUACAAUCCUUACACUAAUUAUUUGUGACACCACAAUAGAAAUCCUGAUCCACAUAGCAGAUUCAGAUUUUAAUCACCGGUGGAAAAAUCCUUGUUUUAAGUGGUCAAGGUCAGUUAUAAACACAUACCGUAAAUAUUUGUGUAUAGUGCACAGGUAUGUUUUUUUGAGGUUCAUUUUCAACAAUUUUUUUU